GAAACACCUCUACCUCACAGGCAAACACCUCCAGCUCAGAGUCAAUGGUACUUACCGCUGCACUCCUCGGCGUCGCAGCGCUAGGCGCACCUGGUGGGUCCUUCGCGGACCGCGCCGCCUUUCCCUCGGCGUACUCUACGUCAACAGCCUCCUCCUGGUCCACCUCCUCGACCAUCUCCUGGUCCUCCUGCGCCACGCUCGACUGGCGCUACGCGAUCGGCGACCCGCUCAGCAUUACGUGCGGCUUUUUCGAGGUGCCGAUGGAUUAUGGGGAUGCGUCUGUAGGCACCGCCAAACUCGCCGUUGCGCGCUACCCCGCCCAGGGCGAGCGGAAGGGAACGGUGUUCGUCAACCCAGGCGGGCCGGGCGGCUCCGGCGUCGCCUUUGUUUUGGGCUCUGGGCCCGACCUCGCUGCGAUGGUAGGAGGCGGCUACGAUGCGAUGGUCGGCGGCGGCUACGAUGUGGUGUCCUGGGACCCGCGCGGCGUGGGGCAUACCGAGCCGGGGGCGCCCUCUUGCUUCGACGCGGAUGAGGAGUGGAGUUCUUUGUUCAAAGGGACUAUGGAAACGGAGGGUUUGGAUAUCAAGGGCAAUCUCGCCGACGGGGAUCAAGUCGCGGAGUUUUAUUCGCAUGUGGACGAGAUGGAGGCCAAGUAUCGGGCGCUGGGCGAGAAAUGCGCAGCCGCAGAGUCUAGUGCGACCCUCCCCUACCUCGGCACCGCCGCCGCGGCGCGCGACAUGGCCGCACUGGCCGACUACCUCGACCCGGGCGUGCAAGAAAUCAACUAUUGGGGCUUCUCGUACGGGAGCAUGUUGGGGUUUGUGUUUGUGAAUAUGUUCCCAGACCGCGUCGGCCACGUUGUGCUCGAUGGGUGUAUGAACCCGCUCCUGUACGCGAACAAGCCAACGACGGAGUACUUCCCCAACGACGUCGUCGAUGCGAACGAGGCCUUCGAGGGCUCUACCACUGCGUGCGCGCUAGCGGGGCCGGGGAGUUGUGCGUUGGCGAGGAAUGCCACGAAUUCGGGAAAGAAUGAGACGGACUCGAGCGAAAAAAUCAAGGAAAGGGUGCAGGGGAUGUUGGAUCUCGCCCACACCCUCGCCGCCUCCGGUGCCGAUCUUUCCAGCACCAUGACCUCCGGGCAGGCUCGCACCUACAUCUUCGAAGCCCUCGCGGAGCCGACGAGCUGGGCGAGUCUGGCGGGGUAUUUGGAGGCUUAUGGGGAGAAGUUGCAGGGGAUGGCGGCGAACUCCACUACCAACAACUCGACCAGUACGACGAAGUCCAGCGCGAGCAGCAAGGGGAGCUCGAGCAGCACGCCCGAGGCGCACGCGGCCUUCAAGCACCGCUGGCAGAUCCCCACCAGGUCUUUGGCCGGUAGCACCCCGUCCAAGCAGCAAGUCGCCCGGUCCAAGCGCCAAGUUGCCCCCUCCGAGCCGCACACCUACGAGUUCGAGGCCAUCUACUGCGGUGACGGCGUUGAUGCAGACACUGUGCCCGACUUCAGUUUACCUCCCAAUUUAGACAUGACCAUGCGCGGCGGCUUCGACGCCAUCGUCUACGCCUCCACCAACGUGUCCGCCAUGUUCGGCCCCCAGUGGGGCGCGCAGGGCAAUCUGUGCUUCGCGUGGCCGGCGCGGGCGGUGGAGCGGUAUACAGGGCCGUGGGAUAAAGGGCUGAAGAAUAAGGUGCUGAUUAUUGGGAAUACGGCCGACCCCGUCACCCCCUUCGAGAACGCGCAGCUCAUGGCCGACCUCCUGGGUGACAGCGCAGUGCUCGUGAGGCAGAACGGCUUCGGGCACGCGAGCCUCGCGGAGAAGUCGAGCUGCACGAUCGGGGUGGUGAGCAGGUAUUUCCAGGAUGGGGAGCUCCCGACGGGCGACGACACGGUGUGCGAGAUUGAUGAUAGCGUGGUGCUAUUCCCCGACUCGGGCGUUACUCAGGCGCGCGUCAAAUCGGAGAUUCUGGCAGCCUCGGCGGCGUAGAUGAUGUAUCACAGCAUUCCUUCCCCGGCUGCUCAGCCUCGUACCUACGAUAGUCACUGUGUGCCGCUCAUUCAAUGACAGAAGCGAAUGUUUGUCUUCCUGAAUUAUCACCCGUACCUUUUGUCUUCGGGACUGGGAU